AAUCUACCAAAGCUAGGCGGAAUUUACGUUUAAAUCACUAUUAUCAGCAUUCUUAUGAUUAAACGCGUUUGCGACAGUACUUAUUAAUGUUGUAAUUUAGUUUUGUAGUGUCCCCAUUCGUCGUUCGGACUUCUCACAAUGAAUAUCUUGCGAAAACUUUCUUCCAUAUCAUCCCCGAGUCUUAUCAGAAACUUUUCGGCUUCUUCAGUUACAAACGCAAAUUAUAAGUGUAAGCUACUAGUUGUCGGCGGUGGUUCUGGAGGAUGCACAAUAGCUGCGAAGUUCGCUAAAAAGCUAAGGAAAGACGACGUUUUUGUGCUUGAACCCAGCUCGGACCACUACUACCAGCCGCUGUGGACGCUCGUAGGCGCCGGGGUAAAGACAAUAGGCGACACCCGCCGUCAAGAAGAGAGCGUAUUACCCUCCAACGCGAAGUGGAUCAAGGAUAGAGCGGUGUCCAUCGACCCACAGAAGGGCGUGGUGCAAACCAAGGGCGGGGACGAGAUACAGUACGAGUAUGUCGUCAUAGCUGUCGGCUUGCAGAAUGAUUACGAUAAGGUCCCAGGUCUCUUCCAAGCGCUUACAGACGAGAACAGCGGCGUAUCCACGAUAUAUGCGCCGGAAUAUUGCGAAAAAACAUGGCGCGACCUGCAGCGAUUCCGUGGUGGCGACGCCAUCUUUACGUUUCCAGACACGCCCAUCAAGUGCCCGGGCGCGCCGCAGAAGAUCGCUUAUUUAGCCGACUCGUACUUUAGGAUGACGGGCGUCCGCGGCAAGUCCAAAGUGACGUACAACACGUGCCUUCCCGUCAUAUUCGGCGUGAAGAAGUACGCAGACGCGCUUAUGAAGGUAGUCGAGAAAAAGCACAUCGACGUCAACUACAAGACCGUGCUGUAUGAGGUCCGGCCUGAGAAGAAGGAGGCUGUUUUCUACAAUACUGAUAAAAAGAAUGAGCUAACGACAGUAUGUUACGACCUCCUUCACGUAACGCCUCCAAUGAUGACACCGGAGUUUCUCCGAACGAACACAGAACUGGCUGACUCGGCGGGUUAUCUAGACGUGGACAAAUUCUCGCUGCAGCACAAGAAAUUCCCAAACGUGUACGGAAUCGGAGACUGCACAAAUACGCCCAACAGCAAGACGGCUGCUGCUAUUGCCAAGCAGUGCCACGUGCUAGAAGUGAAUCUUACAAACUCGAUGCAAGAGAAGCCGGUAGCGGCGCGCUACAACGGCUACGGCGCGUGCCCGCUCCUCACCGACUACGGCAAGUGUAUACUCGCUGAGUUCAUCUACGAUGGGGUGCCACACGAGACACUGCCUUUUGACCAGUCGCGUGAGAGCACGAUAGCUUACUACAUGAAGAAAGACCUGUUCCCGUUCCUCUACUGGAACUUGAUGCUGAAAGGCAACUACCACGGGCCCGAAUUCAUCAGAAAGAUCGUCAACCCGCUCGCUAAGUAGCUACAUAA